AAUCAACAUAAUUAAACAACUUAAACAAUAUACACAAUGUCCUAUACUGCUGUUAACAUUCCUGGUAGAUUCGGUUUCGGUACCAUGUCCAUGACUUGGAAGCCAGUUCCUCCACCAACUGCGCAAUCCAUUGAAACUUUAAAGUUUGUCACUUCCCAUAAAGAAUUUGGUACCAAGUUACUCAAUGGUGGUGAAUUUUAUGGACCUGAUGAUGCCAAUUUGAAACUUUUCAAAGAAUUCUUGGAUUCUAACGACCCUGAAGCUAAUAAGGAAUUGAUUGUUUCUAUUAAAGGUGGUGUUGGUCCAGAUUUACGUCCAGAUGGUGGUAGGGAAAGUAUCAAGAGAUCAAUUGAAAAUAUUGCCUCUUACUUCCCAAAGGAGAACCGUCCUAAGCUUAUUUUUGAAAUUGCUAGAGUUGAUACUAGUAUUCCUUACGAAGAAACUGUGGGUCACAUAGCUGAAUUUGUUAAGAAUGGUACUAUUGAUGGUAUUUCUCUUUCUGAAGUCGGGAUUGAAUCAAUCAGAAAAGCCAUAACUGUUUUCCCAAUUUCUUGUGUUGAAUUGGAAUUGAACUUGUUUUCCCCAGAAGUCAUCAACACCGGUAUAUUGAAGGAAUUAUCCGCCCAUCAGAUCCCAUUGAUUGCUUAUUCUCCACUUUGUCGUGGUCUUUUAACUGAUUAUUGUGUUGAACAUGCCGACACUUUCCUUGAUGAAAUUCCAGAAGGUGAUUUCAGACUUUACUUGGACAAAUUCCAACCAGACAAUUUUAAGCACAAUUUAGUCGCUCUUAAGAAAUUGUACGAUUAUGCUCAUAAUGUCAAGAAGACCACUUUGGAAACUUUGGCUCUCUCCUGGAUCUUGAAAAUUUCUGGCAAAGAAAACUUCAAAGGCAUUCCAAAAGUCACUCAUAUCUUACCAAUCCCAAGUGGAUCCACUACUGCUAGAGUCACUUCUAACUUUUCGAACUUUAUUGAAUUAACUGAUGAAGACUUACAAGCUAUUGAUAAGAUCUUUGAAGAAAACCCAAUCAGGGGUUUGAGAUAUAAUGAACACCUUGAAGAUUCUUUGAUGCAAUAGAUAUAUAAUUUAUAGAAAUUGAAGAUUUAUCCG